AUGUCCACCGAGGCUCCCCUUCGCCGCAGCUCCCGGGCGCCGCCGUCGAGAGUCGGCAAGCCGCCGUCAAAAGCCGCAGCGAGAGCAACAUCGAAAGCUCCACCUUCCAAGACCGUUACCACGACCAAACCAAAAUCCACCACCACCAAAAAGCGCGCCGCCUCGGCAGAGCGCUCGCCCUCUCCCCCGCCAAAGCGCACGAAGAAAGACAAGGCAGUCGCUGAGAAUGUUGACCCCGCUACUGUUCGUCAGGGCAAGAAGAAGAAGACGGAUGCGACUCUUGUUCCCCAACAAAAGCCAUACUUCAACCCUCUCCCGGCACCGCCACCCAAGAAGCGCCCAGGACUCCAAGUCUUCGUCUGGGGUGCUGGUAAUUUCGGCCAGUUCGGCAUGGGUCCUGAUGUCACCGACGAGGUUGACAAACCCAAGAAGCACACAUGGUGUGAGGAGCAGAUGGAGGAAGAUACUUUCGGUGAGGACUAUGCUGGUAUUGAGACCAUCGCUGCGGGUGGCAUGCAUACCGUGUUUGUCGAUGAGAAGGGAACUGUUUGGACUUGCGGAGUCAAUGACGAUGCGGCUCUCGGGCGCGUCACAGAAGGGAUAUCCGAUCCAGACGGUGAACUUACCAGCAUACCUCACCCACUGGAGUCUCUUAUCGCCGAAAAAUUCCGGACUGUCAAUGUUACAACUGGCGAUAGCAUAUGCGUCGCUGUUGAUGUCAAGGGCGAGUUAAGAGUGUGGGGUUCUUUCCGCGGCAAUGAAGGCACUCUCGGCUUCUCUGAAUCCGCUCGACACCAAUUUACACCCAUUCCUAUCACCAUGGACCUCAUCCACAAACCAGGCGACUAUGAAAAGGUCUCCUCUGUCGCGUCGGGCGGCAACCACGUUAUCGUUUUGACUACCCAUGGGAAUAUCUAUACCUGGGGGUCUGGCCAGCAAGCGCAACUCGGACGCAAGGUCCUUGAAAGGCAUCAACUUCGCGGUACACACCCACAAAAAGUUGUUCUUGCACGCUCUCUUCGCACCAAAGUCAUUGGCGCUGGAACGUAUCACUCCUUUGCUGUCGACGAGCACGGAACAGUUUGGGCAUGGGGUUUGAACAGUAUGGGUCAACUCGGGACUGGCCUGGAAGAGGAUGGUGAUGAGUGUGUUGCGACGCCUCGUGUUGUCCGUCGACUUAGCAAGGAGGAACUUGGCGGAGAGACGGUCGUGCAGAUCAGGGGUGGUGAACACCAUACCCUGUUCUUAACUUCUGGCGGGAAAGUUUUCGCUUGCGGCCGCGCCAAUUGCUGCCAGUUGGGGCUUGCCAAGAACGAUCCGGCCUGGGAGGGUGACUCAACUCGCGAGUUUUUGUCUGAACCUGUUGAGGUAACUUUCCCUGACGACGACGACCCUGUUGUUCAAAUCGACGUGGGACUGCACAACAAUAUGGCGGUGACAAAGGAUGGCGCACUGUACUGCUGGGGCCAGGGCACACAAGGCGAGCUUGGUGUUCCUGAUGAAACAGUGACAACCCCCAAAAUGAUUGUUCGCCGUGAGGGUGGUUCAUGGGCUACCGAACAAGUUUCUUGUGGUGGACAACAUACGAUGGCCUUGUUACGCAAACGCCCCAAGGAAGAAUAG